AUGGCAAAGCAGCGACUCGCCGCAUCGCACACGCUCCAGGGCGCACAGUCGACGUCUGACCUCGCCAAGCGACUCAAGGCCAUCCACGAACAGCUGUCCAACUUUGACCAGGACGACGUCGACACCGGCUCGCUCGACAAGGUCGCACGCCAGCUCGUCGACCCCAAACUCCUCCUCCACAAGGACAAGGGCGUAAAGGCCUACGUCGGAGCGUGUCUCGUGGACGUCCUCAGGCUGUACGCACCCGAGGCGCCCUACACACCCGCCGAACUCACCGACAUCUUCGACUUCCUCAUCCGCCAGCUCAAGCACGUCGGGAGCCCGAGCGACCCGCACCAGGCCGAGUACUUCUACAUCGUCGACUCGCUCGCCAGCGUAAAGUCGAUCGUCCUCGUCUGCGACCUCGAUGCGGCCGACGACUUGAUGGAACGCGUGUUCAGGAUGGCGUUCGAUACUAUCUCCUCCAACUCGCCGAAGAACGUCGAACUCGCCCUCCUUGACAUCCUCCUCGCGCUCCUCGAAGAAGUCUCGACCGUCCCCUCCUCCGUCCUCGACGUCCUAACCGCCCAAUUCCUCCCUCGCGCCGCCAAAUCCCGUUCCUCUGCGUUCCGACUAGCGGUGGAAGUCGCGCGCGGCGCGUCGGACAAGUUGCAGAGGUAUGUUAGUCAGUAUUUUGGGGAGACGAUCGUGGCGGUCCUUGAGGGGGGAGUGGUGGGCAAGGGGAAGGGGAAGGGGAGGAAAGGACGGAGGGGCGCGGUGAGCGAGAGUGAGGAGGAGAGUGAGGAGAGUGCGGAGGAGGAGGACGAGAGCGAUGCGAGUGAGCAGGGCGCGGCGAAGGGUGGUAGGGGCAAACGGAAGGCCAAGACUAAGGCUCAGGCGAAGCUCAAGGACGGGCGGGACAAGGCUGGACGCGCGGCUGGCGGGGGAGCAGACGACGACGAUCUCCCCUCUUCGUUCGUUGAAGCGCACGACCUCAUCCGCUCGAUGAACCGCCACGUCCCCUCCCUCCUACUCAACGUGAUCCCCCAACUCGCCGAAGAACUCACCACCAACUCGCCUGCGUACCGCAAACUCGCUACGACCACGCUCGGGCAGAUGUUUGGAGAACCAGUUGGGCAUGGGGAUUUGGCCAAGGCGUUCCCGGGCGUUUGGCAGGAGUGGUUGAGGAGGAGUCGCGAUUUGAGCGUCAAGGUCCGCAUUGCGUUCUGCGAGAGGCUCGGAAAGGUGUGGAAGGAGCACCCGGAGCUUGCGAAGGACAUCGAGGCCCACCUCCAGCACUACCUCCUCGUCGACACGGACGACAAAGUCCGACUCGCGGCGUGCCAGAUCUUUGACGGGCUCGACUACGAGACGGCGAGCCACCAUGUCGGGAAGACCGCGUUACUGACCUUGGCGGAGCGGACGAGGGAUAAGAAGGAGAAGGUCCGCGCCGUCGCGUUCAAAGCGCUCGGCAAGCUCUACAACUCUGCCUUCCCCGAUAUCGAGAGCCACGACGAGCAUGCGACGAUGCACUUUGGCUGGAUCCCGGGCUUGUUGCUCGAUGGGCUGGCGUUUACGGAGGGAACAAACGUCACUUCUUCCGCCAUGCAACGCCACCUCGUCACCUCGACCUUCCUCACCUCGAUCCUCCCGCUCCCCUCCUCCGAAAAAGACGCCGAAGACCACGCCUCAUGGACUGACCGCUUCCUCCUCGUCGAGAAGAACCUCAAAACCCCGACUCAGCGCGCGGCGUUGAUGAGUCUUACGAGGCUGGAGCAGCGGACGGGAGAGGGGAGUAUGUGGGAGGCGUACCUCAAGACGUGCGAGAGGUACAAUGGCGGGAUCAUUGACGACAAGGACCAGGUCGAGCCGAUCAAGGGCUUCCUCAAGAAGGUCAUCCAGGCCAUCGCCGCCCAAAUGCCCGACGGCAAGGCGAGCGACGACUUGUACACCUUCGCCAAGAACAACGUCCAGCAACUCUACCGCGAACUGCGGACGAUGCUCGACCCGCAAACCGACCUCAAGACGUUCGUCAAGAACGAGCGCGACUUCUUCCGCCGCCUCGACAAGCAGGGCGAGAGUAUGGUCGCGACGUGCACCGCGUUCGUCCGCUUCGCGUGCUUGACGCUCGUCAACCGCUCGAGCGUCCCGCAGCUGCUCAAGCGGUUGCAGCAAGGCGCGGGAGGGAAGACGACGGGUCAUGACCGCGAGGCGGCGGAGUUCGCUCAGUCGGCGAGGCGCGUCCUCGUCUUCGUCUCGAAGAACCGCCCGGCGCUGUACAAGGGCCACGUUGCCGAGCUGUCGAAGCUGCUCGCCGACGGCGUGCCGGGCGAGCUCGAGAAUGGCGAAGACACGACCGAGCCGCCCGUCGACGUCUGCGCGGUCGUCCUCCACGCGCUUGCCAAACUCAAGAUGGCCGAGCCGAGCGUCGCGAUUGACUCCAAGCUCUCGAAGAAGGCGCUGCAGUUUGCGAAGGAGGGCAACGCGAUGCAGGCGAAGCAGGCGGCUACCCUUCUCGCGCUCGAUUCGGGUCGACCAGGCGUUGUCGGUGAUCUCGUCGAGCACCUCUCCGAAGCAGUCGGGACCGCCUCGGAAAACCAGCUCGUUUCGCACUUUGCGGCACUCGCUCGACUAGCCCGUUACAGCCGCGACAACUUUGACAAGCAUAGCGAGGCGAUCACUGCGGCGGCGUUGCAGACGCUGACGAAGGCUGGCGAUGAGGAAGAGAAUGCCGCCGACGAAGGCGCCACUUGGUUCGACGCGCGCAUUCCGCCGGCGACGACUCGUGCCCGCCUGCUCAGCAUCAAGAUCCUCACGAACCGCUGCCUCGCCUACGCCAAGACCGACUCGGCGGCGAAGGUCAGCAAGCCCGUUCUCGACCUCUUGUGGCCGCUCCUGCAGCAGUUUGGCGGUGGCGACGCGUACAGCCCGCCUGUCGCCUCGCACAUCCGACUCGCCUGCGCACUCGCCAUCCUCAAGCUCGUCGCGUCCGGCGAAGCGGCUUUCGUCAAGUCGGUUAUGCAGCACCUAGACGAGCUCACCCGUCUCGCGCAGGACACCACGUUCGAAGUCCGCGAGGGCUUCCUCAGGAAGCUGCUCUUCUACCUGCGGCAUGGUCGCUUCCCCCGCAUCGUCCUCCCGCGCUUCAACAUGAUGCUCUUCCUCAUCGCUCACGAGCCCGAAGUCGAGCUGAAGGAGUCGAUCCUCACUUACGCGCGGUCGAGGAAACGUCUCCCCGAUCAGGAGCGCCAAGCCCUGUGGGAGCAGCCGUUCCUCCGCCUCAUCCACCUCCUCGCGCAUCACCCCGACCUCGACCCGGACGUCGACCACGUCGAACCCGAGAGCAUCAAGUUCAUGGCGCGCUACCUCGAGGAGUACAUCGACAUCUUCGCGACGUCCGAGAACGUCUCGUACCUCUACCACCUCGCGCUCAAGGUCAAGACGGUUCGCGACAAGCAGUCGCGCGUCUUCGACAAGAACCUCUACCUCCUCUCCGAACUCUCCCAACACCUCCUCAAGCGCCACGCCGCCCGGCACUCCUGGCCAAUCCCGACGUACCCGAAGCAAGCGUCUUUGCCAACCGAUAUCUUUGCGCCGCUUGGCGACGACGACGAGGUCAAGAAGGUGCUGAAGACGACGUUCCUCGACGAGGAGGUGUUGGGCAAGAUUGAGGAGAAGCCUGAGAAGAAGAAGCCUACCGGUCGUAAGCGCGUCUCAACCGCCGCCGCGAACGGCGAGUCGAAGCCGAAGCGGGCGAAGACGACCAAGGCCGGCUCGUCGACGGCUAAGAAGCGCGGACCUGCCAAGGGCAAGACUGCGAAGAAAGCGAAGAAGGAGUGGGACUCGGAUGCCGAGGACUCGCCUGAUGAGGAGUCGGAGGAAGAGGAGGAGGACGAGGAGGAGGACGAGAGUGCGGACGAGGUUGUUGUCGACAAGAAGGGAAAGAAGCCUGCGCGUGGUCAGCGAGGCGGACUGCGCAGCGACCCUGGAAAGAAGCUGGAGAAGGGUAUCGGCGCGGAUGCGAGUGGGACGGAGACGGAGGAGCAGGCGGACGAGGAUCAGGACGAGAUGGACGUCGACAAGGCGGCGCCAGCGAAGAAGGGCAAGGCAAAGGCUGCGACGCCGAAGAAGAAGGUUGCGACGCCGAAGAAGGCGAACGGCCGCGCUGCCGCUCCGUCAUCGGCGAAGAAGGGCGCCAAGGGGAAGAAGGCGGCGUCGGAUGAGGAGGAUGGGGCGGACGCCAAGCCUCGCAAGGCUCUCCGGGGACUCAAGCAGCCGCGUAAGAUGAAGAAGGCUGACCUCGACGCGGUCAGCGACGUGGGCGACACGGAGGACGAGGCGAUGGACGAUGCGGAGGAGGGAGGGAGCGACUGA